AUGGAAUACCCAACAAUGGAAUCUAACUCACUUUUUGUCCCAGGAUUAAAAAGAUGUGUGAGAGACAAAAGAAUUUCGAAGACCGCUAAGUUGAAUGUUUCUCUUGCUUCAAAAAUCAAAACAAAAAUAUUAAACAAUUCUUCUAUUUUUAAGAUUUCUUUAAAACAUAACAACAGAGCAUUAGCUCAGGCUCUUAGUAGAGAAAAGGAGAAUUCUCGAAGGAUUACAACUGAAAAGAUGUUAUUGCAAAAAGAAGUGGAAAAACUGAAUUUUGAGAAUACAUUUCUCCGUCUAAAGCUAAAUAAUUUGAAUAAGAAGCUUAUAGAUAUAGAAGCACUCAUGAACAAUAAUUUGAUAACUGCAAUUGAAAUGAGCACACUCUCAGAAUUCCAUCAGAAUUCCCUUCUCCUGCCCACUAGCAAGAAGAAACGUAGUAGUAAACAGUGCAAGUUGAUACAUCCAUUUGCAAGGGUUCCAUUAACUUCAAAUGAUGAUGAUGAUGAUGAUGAUAAUGACAAUGACAUUAAAAAGAAAAUGCAACAUGACAUUAAUGUUAUAUCAAAGACAUCAUCUGAUACUUCAUCUUCAGUAUCAACAAGACAAAUUUUACCUACACAGCAUAACUUGGAAUUAUCAUUUCUUAAAGAAAAUAAUAUGGAUGGCUUAGGCGACUCAGAACAUAUUUCUUCUGUAAUUGAUAGACUUCCCAAAGAAAAUCAUCCCCAUUCAGACCAAAAUCUCAAGAGUUCUCUAAUGGAUGAGAUGAAAAAUCCCCAGUCCACUGGUGAUAGAAAAGAAAAAAUACCUGUUAGUAAGAUAACUACAAGGAAAAAACGUUUAUCUUCUUGGGAAUCAAAUAAUCCUCCUGCACACAGUCCCUGUGUGGCAAAUGUAGAUGAACAACAGAUUUCAAACCCAGAAUUAGACUGUAAUAAUGAGAUAAAUGAUAUCAAUGAGUUUACUGUAAAAAAGCAAAAAAAUUCACAUUGUUUUCGUGACUCCUCUUCUCAGCCUGCAAAUGAACCUGCUACAGAGUCCAUGAGUCAGAUUCAGGCUUCUAAUAACUUUCUGUUGCAGAAAACUGUGUAUGAUGGUGACAUGGAUUUAACUGCUAGUGAAGUAAGUAAAAUUGUCACAAUUUCAACAGGCACUAAAAAUGCAAAUAAUAACAAACUAAAUGAUUGUAAAACUAAAACUUUCAGAAAGGUGAAAUAUUCAAGUUCUGGAAAAAAGAGAGAAAAAUCGAAAAGUAAAUUGAAAAAUGCAGAUGUGGAAACUGAAGAAAUGACUGAAAAUGAACUAGAAAGAAAAACAAUUUUCCUGGAUUGCAAAGGGGAUACAGAAGAGAUGGGUUUUAUUUCCAGCACUGAACAGCCAACACAGUUGUAUAUGCAGAACAAAAUAUCCCUUACUAAUGAUUUUGAUCCAGAUGACAGAGAAAGUACACAGUAUAAUGAAAAGAAGAAAAAAUUACAUGUAACCAAUGAGCAAGAAGAAACAUACUCUCUUAUCCAAAACUCAGGCAAAUUCCAACAGGAAACUAAAUGUGGUAUGAUUCAGAGUUCUGUAUCUUGCAAUAAAAGAAAAGCUUCUAGACAAACUAUUAUAAUUCGGAAGUUUGAAAAGGGUGACCAGUUUCUAAGUCAAAAGGAUAAAGAAAUCAUUCCUGAAAAUCUGGAAAAUAUAACUGAAUUUCAAACAGCUGAUCAUACCACCAAAGAUAAUGGAAGUUUAUGUGAUUAUGAGACCCAAAAUAUAUUGGAUUUGAAAAAGCAUAUCACUGAUAACCAGUCUACUCAGCAAAAUGAAUUAAAAAUUAUUAAUAAGUCUAAGCAGAAAAUAAAUCGGAAAACAGAAAUAAUUUCUGUAGCGAACCACAUAAGUGGAGGUGUUGAUCAAGAUGUUCAUGGCCAAGAAAAGGGUAACUUUUUUUCUCUCCAAACCCAAGAGAAUAAAGAAACCAUCUCUGACAAUCUAGAGGUUUAUUCAACAAAUAUGUUUCAAAGUCCUGCUAUUUCCACUAGCAAAAAUGGAAAACUAUGUAAUUCUAUAGACCAGAAUUUGUUAGCUUUGCCCAAGCAGAUCACCGAUGUGUGCCUUGUUCAACAAAAUAAAAUGCAAGUUAAUAAGUCUAAGCAGAAAAUAAAUCGGAAAACAGAAAUAAUUUCUGAAGCGAUUCAUCAAGAUAGUGACAAAAAUGUAUGUUACCCAGAAAAGGAAAGCAAUCAUUUAUUGCUAAAGGAUACUGAAAUUUCUCAAAACCUAGAAGAUCCUCUUGAGUUUCAAAUAUCUGUUCUUUCUACCACAAAUAGUAAAAGCCUUUGUAAGAGUCAAAAUGUUUGUGAGAUGAAAAAACAAAUCCAUGAUCCGCAAUCUGCUUGUCAAAACAGGUCAAAAAUAGAUGAGAAGCUUAAGCAAACCUUGUAUCAAAAGGCAGAAAUCUUGAAAAAUAGUCAAAUAAAUGAGAAUAUUGACAAAGACACGUAUAAUUCAGAAAGGGGUAACUUGUUUUCUCUAACUCAGAAACAUAAAAACAUCAUUCCUAAAAACUUGGAAGACUUCAAUGAGAUUGAAAAUGCUGAUGGUUUUACCAGAGGUAAUGAGAAUCUCUCUGAUUUUGAGGCUGUAAAAAAGCAUGUAACUGAUAAAACACCUUUGAAACAAAAUAAGCGAAAAAUAAAUAAGCAAAGGCAGAAAGUAAGUCAGAAAAGGAAAAUUACUUUUGUAAUGAGCCAAGUACAUGAGGAUAAUAUUAAAGAUAUUCAUAACCAAGAAAACUGUUCAAGAAAUCUUGAUUUUACAAUAAAUAAAUCCAAACAAAGACUUGAAUGUCAAGAUAUUAUUGGUCAAUAUGAUAUGGAAAUCAACAGUAAUGAAAAGGAAAAAUUUUCUAUUUCAAAUUCCUACAAACGAGAUGAAAAGCAUGAGAAAGAAUCACUAGACAAAGCCAUGAUUAUUCUAUCAAAAGGUGAAAACAAAGCAAUUUUGCACUUAAAAGAUUCUUUACAAACAUUUGCUUCAGAAUCAGGCUUAAGACAUAAUUCUAAAGAAGCAGACUGUGAUUCUGGAAACCAAAUGAAACCACGUAAGAGUCAAAAACGAAGAACUAAAACUCUGAAUAAAAGUGGUAGUCCCUUUGUGGAAAUGAUAAAUGAAGAAGAGUGUCAAGUCCAAACACAAAAUAAAAUGACAUCCAAAUCAAGGAAAAGAAAGAAUUUAAUAAGAUCUUCUGGUAGUCAGGAAGUAAUGGAGAUAAUAUCUGACACCAUUCAGGGGAUACCAGUUGAAUCUAAACAAACUAAUAAGGAAAAAUCUUUGGAAAAUGAGGAAAUAGUCAAAUUAAAACCAGACUUUUACACAAAGAUGUUUAAGUCUUUAUCUCAGAUAUAUUCACCUAGCGUACAAGAUUCUUCCUUUAACAGCGCUCAUGAAGAUUCAAUGCCUGUGAGUGUUUAUUCUAAAGAAAAUUUAGUCCUGAAGAGCUCUCAAAUCUUUCAAGCAAAUGAUGAUAUACAAGAGAAGAUGAAAGGGAUGAACAUAGAAGUCAACCAGAGAACAAAAAUAUCAGGAGUAGGUGAUCGAAUACUACAGGACUUGACAAAUACCAAUUUUGUUUCAAAUAACACUGAUAAACCUGAAAAUAAGUCAGAUCUAUCAACAGAGCUGCCAAGCCGAAAAAGAAGGUGUAUACCUCUCUGUUUAAAAGAACCAAGUCUCAGAGACAAAUUGAGAAGAUGAAGUGAAUUUUUGGACUCAA